CAUCGGAGCCUUUUUUGCCGUUUUGAUGCCGUUGUUGCCGGCGACGAGAUCUUUUCUUCACAAGUCUGUAAUUGAAUCACAUUCCGCCUUUGUUUUUUUGCUUUUUAGUAUCUUCGUGAAGAUGAAUCAAUCGAAUUUGAGGAAGUUAAGCACUUUUCACGUAUUGAUAUUCAAAAGAGACAUGUCAUCAUCUUCUUACGCCUCAGUGAAGCGAUUCCCCGAGAAAAAGUUCUUCAAUUCAAACCAAGAAGACGUUGGUGUCGUCGAGAGACUAUGUAAAGGUAAGAGAUUUAGUGAAGCAAUCGAUGUUCUGUGCUCACAGAAGCUACUUAUCGAAGCUGUUCAGCUUCUGAGUCGAGCAAAGAGACCACCUGCUUCUACUUACUGCAACCUAAUCCAAAUCUGCACACAAAGACGCGCGCUUGAACUAGGCAAGAAAGUGCAUCAACACAUUAGAACCUCCGGGUUCGUCCCUGGCGUCGUUAUCUGCAACCGUCUAAUGAGAAUGUACACGAAAUGUGGGAGCUUGGUCGAUGCGCGGAAGGUCUUCGACGAAAUGCCGCAGAGAGAUGUUUGUUCGUGGAAUGUGAUGGUGAAUGGUUACGCGGAGGCUGGGUUGGUUGAGGAAGCGAGGAAGUUGUUCGAUGAAAUGCCUGAGAGAGAUAGUUAUUCGUGGACGGCUAUGGUUACGGGUUAUGUUAAGAGACAUCAGCCUGAAGAGGCGUUGUUGUUGUAUAGUCUGAUGCAGAAGGAGCCGAACUCGAAAGGUAAUGUGUUUACGGUUUCUAGCGCGGUGUCUGCUGCUGCUGAGGUUCCGUGUGUUCGUAGAGGGAAAGAGAUUCAUGGGCAUGUGGUUCGAAGUGGUUUGGAUUCAGAUGAGGUUCUUUGGAGUUCGUUGAUGGAUAUGUAUGGGAAAUGUGGAUGUGUUGAUGAAGCGAGGAGUAUCUUUGAUAAUAAGAUAGUUGAGAAAGAUGUUGUCUCGUGGACGUCGAUGAUUGAUAGGUAUUUCAAGUCACGUAGAUGGAAAGAAGGGUUUUCUUUGUUUUCUGAGUUGGUUGGUUCUUGUUGUGUACGGCCUAAUGAGUAUACUUUUGCUGGUGUUUUGAACGCUUGCACUGAUUUAACAACAGAGGAGAUAGGGAAGCAAGUUCAUGGAUACAUGACGAGAGUUGGGUAUGAUCCUUACUCUUUCGCAUCGAGCUCUCUUGUAGAUAUGUAUACUAAAUGUGGAAACAUGGAGAGUGCGAAACACGUUGUUGAUGGAUGUUCUAAACCUGAUUUGUUUUCUUGGACUGCUUUGAUCGGCGGGUAUGCUCAGAACGGGGAGCCUGAAAAAGCCUUGAAGUAUUUCGAGUUGCUGCUUGAAUCUGGCACUAAACCUGAUCACAUUACUUUUGUAAGCGUCCUCUCUGCUUGUACUCAUGCAGGGCUGGUCGAAAAGGGACUCGAAUACUUUUAUUCGAUAACAGAGAAGCAUGGGUUGUCUCAUACGGAUGAUCACUACACUUGUCUUGUUGAUCUAUUAGCUCGGGCUGGAAGAUUCGAACAGUUGAAAGACAUUAUCAGUGAAAUGCCGAUGAAACCGAGUAAGUUUCUAUGGGCUUCUGUUCUCGGUGGGUGCAGCACUCACGGGAACGUUGAUCUAGCAGAGGAAGCAGCUCAAGAACUGUUCAAGAUAGAACCUGAGAAUCCAGCUACUUAUGUAACAAUGGCUAACAUCUAUGCUGCAGCAGGGAAAUGGGAAGAAGAAGGAAGAAUGAGAAAGAGAAUGAGGGAGAUAGGAGUCACCAAAAGGCCCGGUUCAAGCUGGACAGAGAUAAAACGUAAGCGUCAUGUGUUUAUAGCAGGGGAUACUUCACAUCCAACGCAUGAACAAAUAGUUGGGUACUUGGGUGAGUUGAGGAAGAAGAUGAAAGAAGAAGGGUAUGUUCCAGCAACGAAUCUUGUGUUGCACGAUGUAGAAGAUGAGCAGAAAGAAGAGAAUCUUGUGUAUCAUAGCGAGAAACUCGCUGUUGCGUUUGCUAUUUUGUCGACACCAGAAGGAACGGGGGUUAAGGUGUUCAAGAACUUGAGGUCUUGUGUUGAUUGUCACAGUGCUAUUAAGUUCAUAUCGAAGAUCACGAAGAGGAAGAUAACGGUGAGAGACACUACUCGGUUUCAUUGCUUUGAAAAUGGACAAUGUUCUUGUAGAGACUAUUGGUGAGAGACACUACUCGGUUUCAUUGCUAUGAGUCGCUUGACGUCCACGUUGGUCAGUCCGUGACCGUCCUUGUCACUUUAAAAGCUUCAGUGAGAGACUAUUACAUCGUGGCGUCAACCCGGUUUGGUCUUAUGAUUUUUAUAUUUUUCGGAUGUGUUCAUGCAUCUAAAUAUUGUUUGAUAAAAAUAUAUUUAAUGAUCACAUCUUGAGAAAAUGUUAAC